AUGAUCUUGUGGAGACUGGCUGAAAAUCACAUCCCCUGGCCGGGCUCACUACGUCUCCAACCUCGCCUCUCGCUUCGCCGCCCCGCGCUCGCCGCCCCGCACUCUGGUCUCGAGAGUGCGCGUCCCUCCUCUCCCGUCCUCUCCUCCUCUUCCCCCGAAGCAGAGUGCACGUCCCUCCUCUCCGCCCGGAUCGCGGUGGCCGCCGCCGCCGACUCCAAGAUCGACAACCUCCGUGACGCCGUCGCCAAGCUCGGCGAGAUCAGCGAGAACGAGAAGGCCGGGUUCAUCAGCCUCGUCUCGCGCUACCUCAGCGGCGAGGCCGAGCAGAUCGAGUGGAGCAAGAUCCAGACCCCCACCGAUAAGGUGGUGGUGCCCUACGACACCCUCGCGCCCCCUCCCGAAUAUCUUGACGCCAUGAAGGCGCUGCUCGACAAGCUCGUGGUGCUCAAGCUCAAUGGCGUCCACAGCACCACCAUGGGCUGCACCGCAUGA